CCAAAUACGCUCGGCUCAUUGCAUAGCUAGACCCCCCUUUUUACUAGAAUCUAAACACCGUUUUAAAACAGCUUGGAUGAUUUUGUUCAUGAGUUUGCUCGUUGUGUGAAAUCUGAGGGAAAGCGGUUUCUGGAUAGCUUGUGCUGGAUUAUUUCUACUCGUUGAUGAAUUAAAGGGAAAGCGACUGCCAUGACCACAGACGAGGCGGAGAGCAUUCAUAAGAAGCAGGUGUGUGAGCAGCAGCAGGAAGAGGAGGACCCCUCUGCACAGGAGCCAGGCCCCGCUGACACCGCUCAGGACAGCCCCUCUGGCACCUCACCGCCCCCCAGGGGCUCGGAGGAGGAACAGGAGCUGAAGCCACGUCAGCGCACCUCCGCUGGCCGCAGCCUCUCCCGGCUCUUCUCCUCCUUCCUGAAGCGCCGCUCACAGUGCUCUGACGGCGAGGGGGCGGAGACAGAGAGGGCCCGGGACAAGGGCAGCCAGGAAGAACCCAAAGCUCCCAUAGCGGACCCCGAGCCGGAACUGCGCAUAGAGGGCGAUGUUGCUCUAGACCAGCACUCAAUCAGCAGUGCUGAAAACCAGCAAAUUGUAGCAGAUCAGAAGAAAGACGCCGAGCUGGAGUCCGGCAAGGCAGAAAAGGGGGAGAAGGGGGAGAAGAAGAAGAAGGAAAAGAAGGAAAAGGAAAAGAAGGAGAAAGCAGACAAGGAGAAGCCGGAGAAGAAGGAGAAACCACAGAAAAAAGAGAAAGCAGAGAAGAAAGAGAAAAAGGAGAAAAAAGAGAAGGAGGAGAAGAAAAACGAGGACAAGGCCAAAGGACAGGAGGGAGAGAAUGACAAGGAGUGUGAGAAGGAAAAAGAGAAAGUAGAGGAAGAGGCCAAGCUGGAAGACGCAGGUGCGGCAGAAACAGAGGUAAAGGAGGAAGGAGAAAAAGAGGAAGAAAAACAGGAGGAUAACGCGGUGGCGGAGGAAGAGGAGGAGGAGGGGAAGAAGCAGAAAACAUUUCGCCGCCCCAGGGUCAUGCACUGCAAAAUCAAGCUGCUGGAUGAUACUCUGUUCGAGUGUGAGCUCGAAAAACAUGCCAAAGGCCAGGAGCUGUUUGCAAAAGUGUGUGACCACCUGAACCUGUUAGAGAAAGACUAUUAUGGUCUGGCAAUAUGGGAGACGCCAACCGUAAAGACAUGGCUGGACUUCACCAAGGAGAUCAGACGGCAAGUACAAGGCACUAAUUACGAUUUCACAUUCAAUGUGAAGUUCUACCCGCCUGAUCCUGCCCAGCUAUCAGAAGACAUCACCAGGUACUACUUGUGUUUGCAGCUGCGGAAGGACAUCAAGAACGGCCGGCUGCCCUGCUCUUUCGUGACCCUGGCCCUGCUGGGAUCUUACGCCCUGCAGUCUGAGCUGGGCGAGUACGACCCCGAGGUGCACGCCACUGACUACGCCAAGGAGCUGCAGCUCAUCCCAGGACAGACCAGGGAGCUGGAGGAGAAAGUGAUGGAGCUGCACCGCACAUACAGAUCUAUGAGUCCGGCUCAAGCUGAUAUGAUGUUCCUGGAGAAUGCUAAAAAACUGGCCAUGUAUGGGGUUGACCUCCACCAGGCAAAGGAUCUGGAUGGAGUGGAUAUAAUGCUGGGUGUCUGCUCCAGUGGCCUGAUGGUGUAUAAGGACAAGCUGAGGAUCAAUCGAUUCCCCUGGCCAAAGGUUCUCAAAGUCUCCUACAAACGCAGCAGUUUCUUCAUCAAGAUACGGCCGUCUGACCUGGAACAUUACGAAAGCGCCAUUGGCUUUAAGCUGCCCAACUACAAGGCCGCCAAGAAACUGUGGAAAGUGUGUGUGGAGCAUCACACGUUCUUCAGGUUGACGUCCACAGAAGCGGCCACCACUCCCAGGAAGUUCCUGGCUCUGGGAUCGAAGUUUCGCUACAGCGGCCGAACUCAAGCCCAGACCCGCCAGGCCAGCUCCAUGAUCGACAGACCCGCUCCGCAUUUCCAGCGCUCCGCCAGUAAGCGGGCAUCCCGCAGCUUAGAUGGAGCCAUGGUCUCGACCCCAGAUAAGAACGCCCGUCCCGUCAGCGCUCCCAUCAUGUCUCCCAUCUCCCCAGGCGACAUGGUUGCUUCCCCAAUAGCAUCUGCCGCCCGCACUGACCGUAAAGAGACGUCCACACCCACGGGCCGUCCUCGCUCCACUGAGAGGAAGGCAGAGGCCCAUGUGACAGAUGGCUCCAAAACACACAGCACCAAAGCAGAGGGCACACCUGACAUCAAGACGGUAGCCCGGCGAGAACGACGGCACCGUGAUGCCCCGCUGGUGACCGCCACCAAUGGGGAGAGAAAGAGCCAGUCGCCAAGAGCGGACACAGAGAUGGUGCGCAUGAGGAAGAAAAGAGCUAAGAAAAUUGAGGGUGAAACUCUUUAUAUCAGACAUAGCAAUUUAAUGUUGGAGGAUGUGGAAAAGACACAGACAGAAAUCAUGCGUCAUCACAGCAGUAUCAGCGAGCUCAAGCGAAGCUUCAUGGAGUCGGUGCCCGAGCCCAGGCCCAGCGAGUGGGACAAGCGUCUGUCCACCCACUCGCCCUUCCGGACCGCCAGCAUCAACGGCCAGCAGCAGCCCGACUCUCCUGUGGUGAAGACGAAAACGAUCACCAUUUCUGAUGUCACCAACUCCCUUCGCAGCGAAAUCGCCUCCAAGGACAUCCCAGUUGUGCAUACAGAGACCAAGACCAUCACGUAUGAGUCUGCACAGCCCAACGCGCUUUCAGAGAAGGAGUCUGGGAUGCUGUUGAGUGCUCAGACCAUCACCUCAGAGACCGUCAGCACCACCACCACCACCCAGAUCACCAAGACGGUGAAAGGCGGGAUCUCAGAGACCCGUAUCGAGAAGAGAAUCGUGAUCACUGGAGACACUGAGAUUGACCAUGAUAAGGCUCUUGCUCAGGCUAUAAAGGAGGCGAAGGAGCAGCACCCUGACAUGUCUGUGACUAAAGUGGUGGUGCAUCAGGAAACCGAGAUCACUCCUGAAUAACUCCGGCGUGAGACACAGGGUGAAAGAAACGCGACCAGUCGGGUUUACGAAUGUGAAAAUACAACGCAAGAUCCCUCACGACCGGCCCCUUCCCAUCAACCCACGGGUUCCCUCACGGACAAACACUUCCUGUAGCAGCACAUGUCCCACCCAGUCAUUUCCAUCUGAGACACAUCUGUCAGGUCUCAAACAACUCAUACUGCAAACUGAGCAUCCAGCGUCCACAAGCAUAAUUCACUCCUCGGGCAGACUUCUUCCAAAACCCUGCCUGACCUGCACCACGUCAAUGACAUUCCAUGAUGGACUGAACCAUGUUACAAAACCCUUUUCUAAAACAGUGGCUAAAGAGCAACUUUUUAACUCAGAUUCAUACUGUGUUUGGUGGAUUCCAAAGGGUAAGUUCACAUUACAAUAACUGGGCGGCAGGAAUUUUCUUAAAGUGUCAUUUUGUUGUUGUUGUUGAUUUUUUUAUUUUAUUUAAUAUUUGUUUGCAAUUGGUUGAUUAUCUGUCAUAAUCUGAAACACUUAAAGGGCACGUUCAUCCACCCAAAAUACAAAUUCGUCAUCUAGUGAUGCUAAGCUGAAUUUUAGGAUUUUCUUGAUUAUCAACAUUCUUCUUUUGCAUUCCACACAAGAGAAAGUCAUACAAAAUUGAUAAAUUGAUUAUAGAAUUUUUGGUGAACCAUUCCUUCGAGUUCUAUAAUUCCAUAAUUUAAUUUCCGUUCAUGCAUUUAAAUUUGACAGGUUUAUCAUAAAUGUUUGAACACACCAAUAAGAUUUGAGCAUUGCAGGGGAAGAUUUCAGUGAGUAAAUGGCAAUUGUUCCUUAAAACCAUCAUAUGAUGUCGCAGGACUUGGAUUAUGGUAUAUGAGGCACAUUACUGCUUUUUUUACUUUUAUGGUGCUCAUUUUUGGAACGGUUUGGGAAAACAUGAGUAAAGUGAGAGUAAAUUACAUCAUUUUAAUUUUUUUUGGGUGAACUGUUCUUAGUCCAGAAGUCCAUCCUGUUGUAAAGUCCCCUAUUUUAUGUUCCUCUUAAAUGUGAAAGUAUUAUUUUGUUCUCGGUGUAAAAAUAAUGUGUCAUUUUCCUUCAGAAUGCUGGAGCGAUUUCAGAUAUUCUCUUGUGUUUUAAAGUUACUUUGCAUUUUUGUUGAAGGCUUGUAUAAUUGUUCUUUUGUUUUGUUGUUAACAUCGUCCUGUGUCAUCAUGGAUUGGGGGUCCGAUGAAGAUAUGGUGGGGUAUUGUAGUGAAACUACACUCUGUGAUAUUUCUAUUUAUUUUCAUCAGUUUUGUUUCUCGUCUGUGUGUGUACUUUGCAUUUUAGAUGCCCUGCUCUCUUGAUGUUUUUGUAUUAGAUCCAGAAUCCCAAACACCAGCUCCCGCCAGUUUUUAAAUGGGAUUUGCAGGGAUAACUUUGCUCAUGUUCAGUAUAUUUCUACUUUUCUACUAGAGGGGGCAGUAUGUUCUUACCCAUGUGGUCUAUAGCAGAUCUGCAGAGCCUUCAAAACGAACAUCCACACACAACCUGAAGUGGUUUUAGAUGAAUUGGAAUCGAUUAGCCAGGAAUGGGGCUAAUUAGCAAUUAUGGUAAUUAAUUGUGCCAAGCAUGAAUCUGAAAGAGAUCGGGCAGAUCUACAGCAAAUUAAAAUGAGUUUCAGUCAUUCAUUCAGACAUUCAUUUGCCUCUGAUUGACUUUAAAGGUCACGACUGACAAUUCUGGAGCAGUAAUUCAAUUCUAGAAACUCAAAGUGGGAAAUUGAGGAUUUUAUAUUGUGCAUCAACACUGCCGGUGGCGUAAAGUAUACUGCCCCACGUCAAACUGACGAGUCCAGCACGUCCUGUUUUUAAAUGUCUAUUUUAAAAUGUUACGCUUUUAUAAUAGUUCAAAUAGUAUCCUGUACAGAGACCGAGGUGGUGUAGUUCGUUCAGUGUUGUUUUCUUCAUUGUUGCACUCCAUUCCUAUGCUAGUCCGGGGUGAAGAAAAGAAACGAAUCGUACGUUUUUCCUCAGAGGUUUUCUUUCUUCUCAUCACACCCUUUUUUCUUUUGCCACCACUGGAAAAAAGACAAAUGUACAACAUAGCACCAUGCACUGAAUAAACUGCAACUUGGACACAUUCUUCA